GGGGAUCAAAUUUACUCACCCCAUCAUCUCCUUCCAGUUUUUCCUCUGACUGUCUCUGUCUGUCUGUUGGGAGAUAUAUCUCUGUGUGUUCUCGACGACUUCGAUCAGUUCGAGCUUUCCCAGAAGCCAUGUCGGACGAGGAGCACCACUUCGAGUCGAAGGCCGACGCCGGAGCCUCCAAGACCUACCCCCAGCAGGCCGGCACCAUCCGCAAAAACGGUUACAUUGUCAUCAAAAACCGACCUUGCAAGGUUGUAGAGGUUUCAACUUCCAAGACUGGCAAGCACGGCCACGCUAAGUGUCACUUUGUCGGGAUUGAUAUUUUCAAUGGCAAGAAGCUCGAAGAUAUUGUUCCAUCAUCUCACAACUGUGAUGUUCCACAUGUUACCCGUACUGACUACCAGCUGAUUGAUAUAGCUGAGGAUGGAUUUGUGAGUUUACUGACUGAGAAUGGCAAUACCAAGGAUGACCUGAGGCUUCCAACCGAUGAGAAUCUGCUUGCACAGAUCAAGGAUGGAUUUGCUGAGGGUAAGGAUCUCGUUGUCUCUGUGAUGUCUUCAAUGGGAGAGGAGCAGAUUUGUGCUCUCAAGGACAUCGGCCCCAAGUAAUUCUCCUCUUUGUAUUCAGGAUCCAUUUGCGAUGAUCCUCUUUGUUAUGUUGCAACACUGUCAAAGAUGGACAACAGUUGCUCAUUUCUUUAUCAUGUUAAGAGAACCUAGAGGUCAUCAUCCUGGGUGUAUGGAUUACAUGUUCUUUCCCAACAUGAGAUGAAUUUCCAAUGUUGGAAUGUUUCUUUUAAUUCUAUUAUGUGGUUCGGUUUCAAUAGGCAUCUUUUAUGAUUCUUGUGUUUGAAAUUUGCAUCAUGCAGUUAAUAUAGCAAUCGCUAAGUGAAGGGUUUUAGUUUUGG